AACUUGUAAACAGUUGGUUGUUUCGUUUCGAGCACAAUCUUUAAUACAAGCUUUUUACCUGUUUUGAAUUGACUUGUUUACUGCUGUGUGUGGAUGCUAUACAUUAGUAUAUUUGCAUUUAUUUUUCCGUAACUAUAGGUUGAUAAGGACAAUAUCGUGAUAGUUUUAAACGCCGUUUCUGUUUAUAAUACGGUCUCUCGACGGUUCUUAUAUGAUGGCAGAUAACGCGCGAGAGGAUAUACAACAAGAACCCGAUGUCACAAAUCAAACGAAAGGCUGGAUUGAAAUGUGUGGGGUUAGAUUAGAUAAUGUUUUGGACCGGACACAUGGAAAUCGCAAGGUUAUCAUCGAAGGGAUUUUCAGAAUGCCAUUUGUCUUUAUGCUGUUUGCAUGGACGACGCUAGGGCCAUCCGCGGACAGCCGUCUGCUAGAAAUACCGUGUUUGCUGUGUAGAUACUUAGGAAUGCUAAAAUGGAUGGCACAUGCACAAACAGGAUUUCAAACCAUUCUCCCACUAUACGUAGAUGCUGUUUUAUGUUUUACUUCUGCGUGGCUCUGUCAAGCGAUUUAUUGGACACUUCAAGCCCAAAAUGAGGCGGCGUGCUUUCUAGAUGAACUCGGCAUUGCAUUUUCUGACACGUACCCAAGCCGAAAAAUAACAUUUAUAUCGGCUUUGGUCGUUCGUUCGUUGUACGUACAUCGUGUUGUAAACAAAACAACGGAAGCAUUUUGGUAUAAUAUUACUCUUACAAUUAUAACACUGUUGUCUAUAUCAACAAAGUGGUAUUUGUUUAUGCAACUAGAUUACUGGAGCAUGCAGUACAUUAAUUUUGCGUUCAUGAUUAAUCGCUACGAAGAUUGCUCGAAGUCGGAAAUUAACAGAUUAAAUGCAUUGAAGAAAGCUACCGAUAUUCAAAUGCGAUCUACAACAGACGAAACAGUAAGGCUUGUUUGUUUCGAAAAAAUCGAAGCGUACUCAAUGUUAAUAACGAUGCACACACAACACAAGUUCUCGUGGAAAGCUGUUUCAUAUUUCAGCAACCAGUGCAUUUUCUUUUUUAUCUUCCAGACAGCAAUAGUGGCUUUAGUAGAAAUACAAACUGGAUUUAAUUACAUUGAAAGAAACAUCUACUGCUAUGUCGUAUUAUGUUGUUUCAAUAUAAUUUCGGGCUUUGGCUUGGCUACACUAUUUUCCAAAAUAUUGGAAGAUAUUCUUUGUUUAUUGGCAAGAUUCGUUUUUCAAAGUUCAAACCCCAAUACUAAUACUAUACGCAUCGAAGUCGUCAGCACUAUGAUGAUACUGUACAUAGACAGUAACUUAUUUUUGCUAGAUGUAAAUACAAGACAACAUGUCUUACUUACAAUACUUUUGAUGGCCCUUUCUCAAGUUAUGUUACUCGUCGUUGGUAGUGUCGAAUUGGAGAUUUUAUCAAUUAUAAACGAGGGAGCAAGGAACAAACUGUUCAAAUUAUUCGGAGUUUUGAUUACCACAGCCUUCAUUUUAUCAACGUAUCUGUACAUUUCAUCGAAUGUAGCUAUGAAGUCCGGAAUCGGCGGAUGGACGUUCUUGUUUUUGAGCCGAAACGUCGUUGUUCUUGCUAAAGUGUUUUUCCUUUUCUUGAAGAGUGUAAUUUUGUUUUCAUCUAGAUUCCCAUCUUGUUUUCAAGAACAUUUAGAUAAUAUAUUUUUUAAUAUGCAUGCAAUAUCAAACAUAUCAGUUCUUGUAUGCGUGUGGUUGCACUGUUAUACGCGACUUUUUGCACCAAAUAUGGGCUCAUUUUUCUUAAUUCGGCUUUUUAUACUUACGAUUGAUACUUUAUUAAAAACCAGUAUCGCGUGCUAUGCUGAAUGGAAGAAUUACUUAGUUCGCAACCAGUUACAAGGAUUCAUCAAAACGCUCCCGGAAAUUCAAGAGCACGACGAGAAUGAAGUGUGUUCUGUAUGUUUAACUCCUCUGGGGGUUUCCAAACAACUGCCUUGUGGACAUGCAUUUCAUUAUGACUGUCUUAAAAGGUGGUUUCGCAUUCGAACUGUUUGUCCAUUAUGCAACAUUGAAGUCCAGAUUCCGGAAAUCGACGACAGAAUUGGACAUGCCUUGCGCACAUUUAUUAACAACAAUCAAUAAAUAUGAAAUAAAUGGAAUCGUUAAUCAAUCACAAAUUGACAUAACAUUCUAGAAAUAAAAAAACAACAUUUACAUAGUUUUCAAUAUACUGUUCAAAUAUGCAUUAUUAAAAAUAAGUUAUCUACAAAUUACACAGACGAUCAGAAAUACUGAACGUGCAGUGAAUGUUUGCGUGUGUUUGUUAUGAGCGAUUUAUAUUGCAGAGUAUUUACACGAUACUUAAUGUUUAUAUUCGAUUGGACACUUGUUAUUUAUCAAACGGUAUCUUGUGCAUCGGAACCAUCCAUCUAAUAUUGACCCAGUACUACAAAUCAACUAAUUAUCAUGCUUAAAACUUGUAAUUGCUUAUUAUAUAUAAUUUGUAUGUAUAUGCGAAUCAACAUUUCAUGCGGACAUUAUUGUGAAAGUAUUAGUUACAAUAAUUGCCAUGCUACUGAGUAUAACUGCAAAGUGUAUGCAGUGUUUUGUUGGUUUCUAAUGUUUAUUCAAAUAAACACUAUUUCUGUAACAAC